CGUCCGCAGCUCCGGGCCCCCGCCUCCCUCCCACCAUGGUCACCACCACGGCGCCGCCGCCCUUCCUGGCUCGCAUCUCGUCGGGCGCCGACGACCCCCGGCGGCUGCCCUCCGGCCUCCUGCAGCGCCUGCGGCGGGGGGACAGCAACUGCGAGAACCAGCCCGGCUGCUGCCUGGCCGCCGCUGCCGCCGCCGCCGCGGGGGGGAGCGGAUCGCGGCCGGCGCUCAAGAGGGUGAGGCGGAGGAAGGGCAAGCUCCGGCCGGGCCCCGCGGGGCUGCUGCCCAGCCGCUACCAGCAGUACCAGCAGCACCGCGCCGGCCUGGGCAGGAGGACGCCGCUAGCCGCCUACGGCCCGGGGGAGCUGCGCGCUCCCCCAGCUCCCGGCGUGGCUGCCACCCCUCCGGAGGAACCCCCCGCGGCCGCCCCUUCGAGAGCCGCGCCCGGCAGAGCGCUGAGGAAGGAGGUCUUGAAGAAUAAGAUGGGAAAGUCUGAGAAGGCGGCGGCCCCCCACAGCCCGCCCGUUCACGGUUUCCACCUGUGUGAGCAACCGAAGAUCAACAGGCAGAAGGGCAAGUGCGGCGUGCCGCUGGCCAAGAUCGCCUCCGCCAAAAAGAUGGAGAGCUUCUGGCAAGACUCGGUGUCAGCAGAAAUAAUCCCCAAGCCGGAGAAGAAGCCGCUGAAAAACACAGAGAACUUCAGAAACGCCAAGUCCAAGAAACCCGUCACCCUCACGGAAGCGAACCAAAAAGAGAAUUACGCUGGGGCAAAAUUCAGCGACCCGCCAUCACCUAGUGUCCUUCCAAAGCCUCCCAGCCACUGGGUGGGUGGCACAGCUGAACUUUCCGACCAAAACAGGGAGUUGAUGGCAGUCCAUUUGAAAACUCUCCUAAAAGUUCAAGCGUAGUUUCCAAGAUCUCUGAAGAGCUGCAAAAAAAAAAAAAAAGUCCAUCCAGGAAACUUACACAUGCCUUGUUGCAAAGAAAAAAAAAAAAUUACAAAAAAAAAAAAUUGCAAAAGACUGUCAAGUCUUGUAACCACAUACAAAAAUCCUUGUAUUAUAUUUUUUAUGGUUGUGUAAAUAGUGUACAUCAUGUAUUAUGUGUAUAUUCUUGUUCAUACUUUGAGAGGUACAUUUUAGUUUUGUUAUGAAAGGAUGUAUUUUGCACUGCCUGAAUGGUAGAUGUCUUGUAUAUAAAACAUGGACAAUUUUAAGUGUGUGCUUGACACAUGAAGACUUGACUUGAUUUGCACAAGGUAAUGGAAGAUCUGAAAGGAGAGUACAGCUUUCUGAUGUCAAGGUUCCAGAUCAAAUGUGAAUGGUUUACUCAUGCACUACUGACAAUAGUUUUACAUUCUGUGUCCCAGUUCAAGUACAAACAUGGAAUUUUCAUACAAAUGUGAAUUUUUGCUCUGGAAACAAUAUCUGGAAUUCCUGUUCAUGUGUUUGUUACAAAAUCAACUGGAAUUUGCCUAGAAUUCCAACCCACCAAAUUGAGCACUGCUAACUUCUUUAAAAAGAAAAAAAAAAGCAGAGCUUUCUGCCAUAAUUUUAAUUGGUCACUAACAAAUUAAAUAAAACAAUUUGGCCUCCCCUUAA